AUGGGGGAUAUUAUUUAAUUUUAAAAUAUUCCAUAUGAAGGUUUAAAAAAAGCUAAUUUGUUUCCAACUAUUGAUGAUUGUUCAAAGUCAGGUGUAACAGGAUUAUGUAUAAAAUAAUAAUUUGAUGAUAGAAUUGAAUUAGUUGCAAGCUAUUUUGAUGGAAGUAUUGUAUUUUUUGAUUCUAAUAUAUAUGAACCUUAAUGGUCUUUGUAUUUAAGUUAGUCUUUGAAUUCUAAUCAUUACGGAGUUUACUUUAUUAAUGCUAUGGAUAGAGAUCUUAUUCUGUUAAUUUCAGAUGAUACUGUUGAAAUUUGUGAAGGAAAAGAUAUUACUAAUUUCGAAACUGAACAAGAAAAUAAACUACAUUCAAACUUUAUUCAUGGGGAAAUACAUAAUAUGGAUGCAUGGGUAGUUUAAUAUAAGAAAAUAAUAUUUUAUAUCCAGAGAAAAUUAAAAAAUCUAAAUUUGAAGAAUAUAUAUCAGAAGAAUAAUAUAGUUAAAUCAAAUUCACUCAUAUUGCUGCAAGUGAAAACUUUUCUUUAGUAGCAAUUGAUAAUUAAUAUUUAUUUUCGUUUGGAAAAGAAGAUAGAUCUAGAUUAGGAUUGGGAUAAUUUAAUAUAAAUUAUACAGACAAAGUCUACUUAGUUUAACUUCCGUUUUCUAAUAUAAUUAUAAAAGGGAUAGCAUGUGGAAAAAAUCAUUGCUUGUUAUGGGAUUCGGAUGGGUCUAUAUAUUCAUGGGGAGAUGGCUAAGAUGGGAAAUUGGGCCAUUCAAGUUUUAAAGAUUAAAGCCUUGGAAGACUAGAAAAUAAUAUAGGCUAGCUGUGGAGAAAGACACAGUUGUGCAAUAAAUUUUAAAGGAGAAAUAUAUUCAUGGGGCAAAACAAUUUAUAUAAAAGAAAAAAAAUAAUCUGGUUUAAAAAUAGAUUAUUUAAGACCUAAAAAACUUUAAUUUUGUGUAAAAUCUAAUAAUAAUAUAUAAAUUGGAACUCAUGCAAUUAAAAUAUCAAGCUUUGGAUACUCUAAUGCUGUUAUUGAUGAUAAAGGAUAUUUAUAUACAUGGGGAGAAAAUGUAAAUAAUUCUUUAGGCCAUAAUACUACAAAAGAGUAUAACUAUCCUUUAUGCAUAGAAGAAUUAAUAAACGAAAAAUGUGUAGACGUUGCAUGUGGAGAUUAAUUCAUGGUUGUUAUUUGUUGCGAAAAAUAGAAUAAAGAAAUUAUUAUUGAUGAAGUCUCAUAAAAAAUAAAAAUUCAUUAAGAUGAAUUUGAAUAUCAUGAUUAAUUGAAAUAAAUAGAAAUAAAUAAAAAUCUCAAAAAUGAUCCCCGAAUUUAUAGAACUUAGAAACCUAAAGGAGUUUUAGUUGAUGAGGAUGAAGAUGAAAAAAAUAUAAUAUCAAGAAAAUAGAAAAAAGAACAUCAUUUUAAUUUCAGAAAUUCUAUUCUACCUGUUUCUGCAAAUGCUUUUGAUAUCAUAUUACCACAAAAUUUAUAGUUAAAAUUAGAAUUUUUAAAAAUUAACGAUGAAAACUUAAUGGAGAUUGCAACUUAAGCAGAAACUGUUGUAAAGCAGAUUAUUAUUGAUCAAGAGGAUGAAUAACCAAUCUUCCAGUUUAACAUAGACCCUUAAGAAUUAGCAAGUCUUUUUGAAAUAGAUAAUAUAAGAGACAAAAUAAGUUAAAAUAAAUUAAUGGUUUUAGGAGGUGCCCAGGCCAUUGUCGAUUAACUUUUUUCAAAUGUAAAAACCGGAAUAAAUUCUAAACCUGAAGAGUUACAUGAACGAGGAGAAUUUUAUGGCAAAAACCAGCCUAUGCAAAAAAAACUAAAAACAUUAUGGGAAAUGAUUUUCGAAUGUUUUGAAGAUUUAAUGCUUUAAAUAUUAUGCAUUGCUUCGUUCGUAUCAACUACGAUAGGGAUAAUGGAAGACGGCUUAGAAAAGGGUUGGAUGGAAGGCGGUACAAUAUUAUUGGCAGUAACAAUAAUAGUUAGUUUAUAAUCCGGUAAUAAUUAUGUAAAAGAAAAAUAAUUCUAAAAGUUAACAGCUAAACGUGAAGAAUUAUUUGUAUAAGUAAAUAGAGAUGGGAAAGUGAAACAGAUAGACUGUAAAGAGUUAGUUGUAGGCGAUAUUUUACACAUUUAAAUCGGUGAUGUUAUGCCUGUGGAUGGUAUACUUUUAGAAGGAAGUGAAAUAACAAUGGAUGAGUCUAGUAUUACAGGAGAAAGUGAAGCUGUAACUAAAUGUCCUGCGUUAUAAGGAGAAAUAUAAUCGGCAACUUUUUUCCUUAUUUCUGGGUCCAAAGUCAUGGAUGGAAGUGGUUUGUUGCUAGUUUGUACAGUAGGAUCGAAUACAUAAUUAGGAAAACUUAAAGAAAAAUUACAAGAUGAAUAACCACCUACUCCAUUAUAAUAAAAACUUGAAACUGUUGCUGAAGAUAUUGGUAAAAUAGGUACAAUUGCAGCUGGAUUAACUAUGAUUGCUUUAAUUAUUCAUUUAGUUGUUAAUAUUAUUAUUGGAAAUCAUUGUUUUGCAUGCAUAUCAAGUUUAAAGGUGUUAAUUAAUAGUUUUUUAAUUGCUGUUACUAUUGUCGUUGUGGCAGUUCCUGAAGGACUUCCUUUAGCCGUGACUAUAGCUUUGGCAUUUUCAGUAAAUAAAAUGAAAGAUGAAAAUAAUUUAGUUAAGUAACUUUCUUCCUGUGAAAUUAUGGGAGGUGUGACCAAUAUAUUCUCAGAUAAAACAGGAACAUUGACCUAAAAUAUAAUGACAGUAUCGAAUAUUUAUAUUGAUAAUCGAAUAUAUAGAAGAGAUUAAAUCCGAAGAGAUUAAAUAGCCUAGAACUUAACAAAUUUACUAGCAGAAUGUAUAUGCAUAAAUUCAUCCGCAUACCCAAAUAAAAAUGUACUUACAAAUAAAUGGAUAUAAACAGGCAACAAAACUGAAUGUGCGUUAAUCGAACUUGUUGAUUAAUUGGGUUUUGGAUAUUAAGCAUUUAGGCCUUCCGAUAAUAUAGUUAGAAUUCUUCCUUUUAGCAGUACAAGGAAAAAAAUGACUACUGUGUAUCGUUAUAGUCCUAAUUUUUUUAGAAUUUAUGUAAAAGGAGCUAGUGAGGUAAUUUUGGAAAGAUGCACGUAUAUUAAAUGUAGAAAUGAAAAUAUGGUCAUUAAAAGAUUCGCUGAUUAGGCUUUAAGAACGCUUGCAUUAGCAUAUAAAGAUAUUGAAAUUAUACCAGGAUUAAAUGCAGGAAAUUUAAAUGAAAAUUAUUUAGAAACUAACCUUACUUUGAUAGCUAUUGCAGGCAUUAAAGAUCCUUUAAGGCUGGAAAUUCCCAGAGCUAUAAAAACAUGUUAUACAGCUGGAAUUAAAGUUAGAAUGGUUACUGGAGAUAAUAUUAAUACUGCAAUUGCGAUAGCGAAGGAUUGCGGAAUUUUAAAUGCAGAUGCUAAAAUUAAUAAUAAUAAUUAUGAAGUAAUGGAAGGAAAAAAAUUUAGAGAGUUAGUAGGAGGAAUUACUUAUGAAAAUCCUUAUGCAUAAAGUAUUGAAGAUAGAGGAGCUGCCAAGGUCACUAAUUUUGAUAUUUUUUAAAAUAUAGUUAAAGAAUUGAAAGUUUUAGCAAGAUCUACUCCUGAUGAUAAAUAUGUCCUUGUUACAGGAUUAAUUUAAAUGUAGGAAGUAGUAGCAGUUACUGGAGAUGGUACAAAUGAUGCUCCUGCGUUGAAAAAAGCAGAUGUAGGGUUUGCAAUGGGAAUAACUGGUACUGAAGUGGCAAAAGAAGCUGCUGGAAUAAUUUUAUUAGAUGAUAAUUUUGCGAGUAUCAUUACUGCGUGUAAAUAUGGGAGAAAUAUAUACGAUUCUAUAAGAAAGUUUAUUUAAUUUUAAUUAACAGUUAAUGCUGUUGCAUUGUUUAUGUGUUUUAUGGGUGCUGUAGUUUUAAAAUAAUCCCCUUUAAAUUCAAUAUAAAUGCUUUGGGUAAAUUUAAUCAUGGAUACAUUUGCUUCUUUGGCACUUUCGACAGAAUCUCCUAACGAUAAUCUCUUACUUAGAAAACCUUAUGGAAGAAAUGAUUCAAUAAUAACGCCAAAUAUGUGGAGAAAUAUUUUUGGAUAAAGUCUAUAUUAAAUUAUAAUGUUAAGCUUAAUUCUAUUUAAAUUCCCUAAUUGGUUAGGGAUUUAAAGCUCUAUAGGAAUGAAACAUUUUACAUAAGAAAAAUGUGUACAUUUUACUAUAUUUUUUUAGGCUUUUGUUUUAAUGUAAGUCUUUAAUGAAUUUAAUGCAAGAAAACUAGAAAAACAUGAAAUUAAUGUCUUUUCUGGAUUAUUUAAUAAUGCUUUAUUUUGGUUAAUUAUUAUUGGUACUUUUAUAAUUUAAUAUUUAAUGGUUGAAUUUGGUGGAGAAUAUGUAGGAGUUAGCAAAUUAAGCUUAUUAUAACAUUUAAUUUGUAUAGCUUUAGGGUUAGGAUCAUUGUUUAUGGGAGUUUUAAUAAAAAUAUAUCCUAAUUCUUUAUUUAAUAAAAUUAAAUUAUUUAGAGAAGAUCCAAUGGAACAUAAAAAAAUGGAAAGAUCCUAUAGUAGUAUUGUAAGAAGAAGAUCUUCAAUAAGAUAUAACUGUUAAGGGCUUACAACUAAUUAAUAAAAUAUACCGGAAUAAUAAUAAUAAUAAUAAUAAUAAUAAUAAUAAUAAUAAUAAUAAUAAUAAUAAUAAUGA